GCUGACAUGAAGCGUUUAAUCCGUUUGUCAGCUAGCGUUAGCCGAAAGCUAACGUAGGCCGUUCGUCGGCCAUCUGUUUUUGUAUAUUGGAGGAUAGACGUGCUCAUUUUUUUCGUUAAAUAUAUCCCCACGUUUGAAGCGCUCCUAGUUUUGAAAGGCUCAGGGAGCGCAGGGAAGGCCCCUUUCUCGCCGCCUCCUCCCACGGCCCGACAGCGCCCACCGCCGAGAUCUUCAGCCAGGACGUCUUCAACCAGCUCUUUGACAUGUUGGACCACUCGUCCAUACAUUCAGUGUUCGGCGAGGGUCCCCCUGACGUCCCGGCGGGGAACACAAUCCAGAUCAGCAUGGACUGCAUUACCAUGCACGAACCCGACGACGCCUACGCCUCUCAGUACACCAACCUGGGCUUGCUGAACAGCAUGGAGCAGAACAUCCAGAACGGAGGCUCCACGUCGACCAGCCCGUACAACACGGAGCACGCCCAGAACGGCGUGACGGCGCCGUCGCCCUACGCCCAGCCCAGCUCCACCUUUGACGCCCUGUCGCCCUCGCCCGCCAUCCCGUCCAACACCGACUACGCCGGCCCGCACACCUUCGACGUGUCUUUCCAGCAGUCCAGCACGGCCAAGUCCGCAACCUGGACGUACUCCACAGAACUGAAGAAGCUUUACUGCCAGAUCGCCAAGACGUGUCCCAUCCAGAUCAAGGUCCUCACAACCCCCCCGCAGGGCGCCGUCAUCCGCGCCAUGCCCGUCUACAAGAAGGCGGAGCACGUCACGGAGGUGGUGAAGCGCUGCCCCAACCACGAGCUCAGCCGCGAGUUCAACGACGGUCAGAUCGCACCUCCGAGUCACCUGAUCCGCGUGGAGGGCAACAGCCACGCCCAGUACGUGGAGGAUUCCAUCACCGGGCGGCAGAGCGUCCUGGUGCCCUACGAGCCCCCUCAGGUGGGGACGGAGUUCACCACCAUCUUGUACAACUUCAUGUGCAACUCCAGCUGCGUGGGCGGCAUGAACCGGCGACCCAUCCUUAUCAUCGUCACCCUGGAGACCAGAGACGGUCAGGUUCUGGGCCGCCGCUGUUUCGAGGCCCGCAUCUGCGCCUGUCCGGGUCGCGACCGCAAGGCGGACGAGGACAGCAUCCGCAAGCAGCACAUCACGGACGCCACAAAGAGCAGUGAGGGUACGAAGCGCCCCUUCCGCCAAGUGUCUCACGGCAUCCAGAUGUCGGCCAUCAAGAAGAGGCGAUCCACAGACGAGGAGGUCUUCUGUUUGCCCAUCAAAGGCCGCGAGAUCUACGAGAUCCUGGUCAAGAUCAAAGAGUCUCUGGAGCUGAUGCAGUUCUUGCCGCAGCACACGAUCGAGUCGUACCGGCAGCAGCAGCAGAACCUCCUGCAGAAACAGACGUCGAUGGCGCCUCAGCCGGCGUACGGCUCCAACUCUCCCCCUCACGGCAAAGUCAACAAGCUCCCGUCGGUCAGUCAGCUGAUCAACCCGCAGCAGCGCAACACGCUCACCCCGUCCGGGAUGUCCGCCGGCCUCACCGACAUGACUCCCAUGAUGGGCACUCACAUCCCCAUGAGCGCUGACAUGAGUUCACUGAGCCCCACUCACGCCCUGCAGCCCCAGCUGCCCCUGGUGCCCUCCUCGCACUGUACGCCCCCUCCUCCGUACCCCAUGGACAGCAGCAUCUCCAGCUUCCUCAUUCGUCUGGGCUGCGCAGGCUGCUUGGAUUACUUCACAGCACAGGGUUUAAGCAACAUCUACCAGAUUGAGAACUAUAACAUGGAGGACCUGUCGCGGCUCAAGAUCCCCGCCGAGUACCAGCACGCCAUCUGGAAGGGCAUCCUGGAGCACCGGCAGGCCAUGGACUUCUCCACCCCGCCCCACAUCGUGCGCACCACCAGCGGGGCGUCCGCCGUCAGCUCGUCCGAGGCGCGCGGCGAGCGCGUCAUCGACGCGGUGCGCUUCACCCUGCGCCAGACCAUCUCCUUCCCCCAGCGCGACGACUGGUCCGACUUCCCCUUCGACCUGGAUUCGCGCCGCAACAAGCAGCAGCAGCGCAUCAAGGAAGAGGGAGAGUAGGACUGGAUAAAUUACCGGAAAAAAAAAAAAUUAUCAAAAAUAAUGCCCAGAACAUCCCCCCGCCCCCCCCCCCUUUUUUUUUUUUUUUUAAAGAGACGUGCACUUAUUCUUUUUCCGCACGGUUCAGAUUUCUUGAGAGCACUUAAGAAAUGUUAAAAGUGUUUUUGAAAAAAUGCAUUUCCAAGUCCUGAUUGUACAUUUCAAGUACGUAGCCUUAUCCCAAAUAUAUUUAGCAUCAUUUCAAUUUCAGUUGUUGCUUAGCCACGCUUACGUUGUAUUUGGUUGAGGAUUAUUAUUACGUGAAAUUACUCUAUGUACAUGUUGUAUAGUUGUGUUUUUUUGUCAUCAAGAAAUAAAAGAACGUUAAAAGUCAGAAAUCGAGAGAAAGAAAACAUUUUUGUACAAUUUUUUUUACUGUAAAUAUGUCGAGGCUAUUUUGAUAUAAUUCCAAAAUAAAUAUCCACCCUUCUUGACUACUCCAGUGUCUUAUUUUGAAAUACUUUGUUUUAAUUCAAAAUAAAUAUCUAUGAAUAUGCCAGUGUUUCUCAUUUUUACAGUCUUAUAUUUGAUUUUAUCUUCAUUUUCAUUUGUAACUGUAUGAUGGAGCACAUUUUUUUUUCCUAGUUGGAAAAUACAACUUUUUACAUAUAUGACAGUUUUACAUUAAUACAGGUAUGGUAGGGCCAGUAUCUUAGUUGUAUGAUACGUUCAUUUAUAUGAACUUAACUUUUAUUAUACUUUAGAAUUGUACAAAUGGAUGAAUAGUUUCACUUUUGUUAUUUUACAUAUUUCUACAAUUAUAUGACUGAUUAGAGUGAUAAGUUUUAAUUUUAAUUUUUUUUUUUAGUCCCACUGUACCUGUGUAUUUUUUUAUGAAUUUGUGGUUGUGGUAAGUAGUUUUACUUUGAUAAUGUUUACGUUUACAAUUUCCAUCCAUCCAUUUUCUUUGCCGCGUAUCCUCACCAGGGUCGCGGGGACUCUUACAAUUUAUAUUAUAUAUUUAUAUUUACUCUUAUAAUUUACAAUCUUACCGUAUAUGAAAAGCUGAGCAUUUAUUUUAGUUUAUUUUUUUACAAAUAUUGACAGGUUAAGCAGUUUUACGUUUACGACAAGGUAAAGUAUUUUGUUUACCUUUUACAAUUGUGUGACAGGUUGGGUCAUUUUGCUGUUUUACUGGACCUUUUUUUUUUUUUUAACUUAUUUGACAGAGUUAAGUUUGAUUUUUUUCAUUGUACUGAAUUUUACAACAAUGCUAAGUUUUA